AUGAAAUCACUGGAAACUAUUGCCAUUAGAACACAAACUGAACGCUCAGAAAAUAAUGAGCAUUCAGCACCGAUUUAUUUAACAAGUAGUUAUGUUUUCGAGGAUGCGGAAGACAUGCGCAGUCAGUUUGCGGAAGAAAAGGAAGGGCACAUCUAUUCGCGAUAUGCGAACCCAAACACGGACGAGUUCAUCGAAAAGUUAGCACGAAUGGAAGGUGCUGAAACGGGAUGGGCUACGGCAACUGGAAUGGCUGCAGUUUUUACUUGUUUUGCCUCGCUGUUGGAGUCAGGUGAUCAUAUUGUGUCGGCAAGAUCGGUUUUCGGUUCAACACAUAAGCUCUUUACCGAGAUUCUUCCGAAAUGGGGAAUUUCAACGACGUAUGUGGAUAUCGACGAUGAAGCUGGAUUCGAAUCAAAUAUUAAAGAAUCGACAAAAAUCGUUUACCUCGAAACACCAAGUAAUCCAGCAUUGGAUAUUGUGGAUUUAGAG